CCUCCCCAGUUUAUGGACACAGCCACAAAGGCGGUCUGGUGAUGAAGUACAGUGUAAUCAAACAAUUACUAAAUUUAAAAGAAAAUGUAAAUUCUUAAAUUAAAUUUUGACGACAAUGGUGACUUCAUCACUUUGUUUAUUUGAAAGCGGCAACAGUUUUUGUAUGUGGCCUAUUUUCAGGGCUACAAGCUCCUCUAUUGUCAUGAAGCUUGUGACGAUUCCCACAGAAUUCUCACAGAGGCAUAGAAAGUUCUGAGAGAAGAGGUUAAAACCAUAAUGAGAAGUAGGCUACGUUGGCGUUGUCGAGUGCAUGGUCAGAAUGAAAAUCUGAAUCGUUCGUGUGGGCAGUGAUGGUGACAAUGUUUUGGGUGUGUGCGUGUGUUCAAGUUUUUCUUGGGUUGGUAUGUAAGUCACCAAUGACACCCAGUGGUCAAAUUAAGUACCAGGGCACCUGCACUGUGGCUUACUAAAUGCUGAUUAGUUGUAGGCCUAUGACAGUGCAAAGCAAUCAUUGACGCCGCCUAUUAUUGCAAUUCAAUACGCUAGAUGACGUCAGCACAAGAAAGGCUUGAUCACAGAAACAGCUUUUCAAUAUUAUGGGCUUGCUUUACUUGUAAUGUUCUAACAUAAUUUUAACUUGGACCUGUAAACAGGAAGGAUAAAGCAUGGAAGACAAGCAAUUCCUUGGCGCCCCUUUUGGGACACAGUCAAAGAGGUUUGAUGUUUCAGGCGUUCACCCUAAAAGAAAGCAGAUAGGGACAUUCACAGAAGUCCCAUACUGCAAAAAAAUCACUGGGGAUCUGGUGAGAAACCUCGGCCCAGGUAAGUAUGAGAUGGAUGCAGGCGACUUCAGCCGGCGUGCGGUGCAAAACAGGGCACCAGGGCAGGGCUGGAGGAAGCAGCAGGGGGCUAACAUGCCUAACAUUCUCCACAGGGAGGCCUGGAUGACCAAACAUGCGCUGAAUGAUGCACUUGGACCUGGAAAACACGACCUCAAAAGCUUCACUGAUCUUCUGGAGGAGAAGCCCUGCUGUGUGAGGGGUGUGUGUGAUUCUCACGAGGAGAGAUUCAAAAAAUAUAAGAAGUGUCCCGCUGGCCCAGGGAGUUAUGGGAAAGGGGGCAUCCCCAGCAGUCUGCUGGAUGAGAGGAGGGCAAGGCCCACGGGAACCUGCUGCACCAUGGAUUUCAGCGCUGGAGUGGAGCGUUUCCCGGAGGGGCAAGCGGAUUGUGGUUUGUGCCCAGGCACUUACAAGCUGAAGUCUUCCACUGAGCUAAUCCUUGAGCACCAUGUCAGUAAGAAAGGGCCUUAUGAAAUAUUCACAGGGAGGAGAGACAAACCCAUCAACUGUGGACAUUUCGCAGCUGCGAGAACAGCCAAUGUGAAUCCAGGUAAGUACUUCCUGCCUCCCAUGUUUGGUGAAGAGCUCAUGAAGAUUCACUGUGGCAGGAUUGGCCAAGUGGAGCGCUUUCCCACCGUGCCGACUGAACGUAUCUCCCGCAGCACACUGGCACAGAGGCCUGAACCAGCAGUCAGUAACACCGGAUAG